CUCCCGACCUGUCCGCUCCGCCCCCGGGAUGCCCUUAUCGCCGCCUGUCUGCACUGUGGCCUGACCGCAGUAGACCAGGCGGAGCGCCGGGCGCAGAGCCGUGUGGAGGCUGGAAACCGGCGGUGCCCCUCGUCCGGACCAUGUCUGGCUGCCACGCUCCGGAGGGAGACUGCUGCAUGCGACGAUGCAGCGCGCAGGACAAUGAACAUCCAAGAUACCUGAUCCCAGAACUUUGCAAACAGUUUUACCAUUUGGGUUGGGUCACUGGGACUGGAGGAGGAAUUAGCUUGAAGCAUGGCAAUGAAAUCUACAUUGCUCCUUCAGGAGUGCAAAAGGAACGAAUUCAGCCGGAAGACAUGUUUGUUUGUGAUAUAAAUGAGCAGGAUAUAAGUGGACCUCCAGCAUCUAAGAAGCUAAAAAAAAGCCAGUGCACUCCUCUUUUCAUGAAUGCUUACACGAUGAGAGGAGCAGGCGCAGUGAUUCAUUCCCACUCUAAAGCUGCUGUCAUGGCUACCCUCCUCUUUCCAGGACGAGAGUUUAAAAUUACACAUCAAGAGAUGAUCAAAGGAAUAAGGAAAUGUACCUCAGGCGGGUAUUUUAGGUAUGAUGAUAUGUUAGUGGUACCUAUUGUUGAGAACACACCUGAGGAAAAAGACCUCAAAGAGCGAAUGGCCCGUGCAAUGAAUGAAUACCCUGACUCCUGUGCAGUCCUGGUCAGGCGCCAUGGAGUGUAUGUGUGGGGAGAAACGUGGGAGAAGGCUAAAACCAUGUGUGAAUGUUAUGACUAUUUGUUUGAUAUUGCUGUAUCAAUGAAGAAAGUAGGACUUGAUCCUACACAGCUCCCAGUUGGAGAAAAUGGAAUUGUAUAAGCCAAACAAGUUUAAUUAUGCAGAUGUAAAACUGAACUUGAUUAUUAUUUCAGUGAAACCUGACCAUUUUUUAAAUGAAUUGAAAUUUCCCAAAAGACCAUUAAUUUGUCACUAAAUACUACAGAUGAUCACAUUUAAUCUUUUCUGACAUUGAAUGGUAUUUGCUCAUAUUCUCCUAAUUUUAAAUGACAAGACAGCAGAAUAAAAGUUUUUUACUCAGUGUG